AUGUCUGAUCAGUCCAAGCAGCCUGAGUCUUCUACCAACAACCCUUCCCAAGAAGGAGAGAACAACAACAACAACACUACCUCUUCCCCUUCCUCCCCUCAACAAGAGAACCCUCCUACUGGUGAUCAGGAAGGACAAGAACAGAAGCCCGAGGACACCAACGACACCACAGAAGACAAGCCCAAAGAAGAAGAAAAAGAAGAAGACAAACAAGAGGACGAAGACCCUCAACCCAAACAAGAAGAACAAGAACAAGAACCAGAACCAGAAAAAGAACCUCAACCUAAACAAGAACCCCAAGAGCAAGAAGACAAAGCACCCAAACAAGAACCCCAAUCGUCCGACGAAGAACCCGAACCCGAACCAGAACAACGCGCCCCUCAACCCUCUCAAGACCGUAAACGCCGCUCCCGACCUCCCCAGAAACUCCGCCAAAGAGACGACUACUCCGACAUGGACAACAACCAGCAAGUAGACCGACCCCGUCGCCAGCGCCGCCAGCGCCCCCAACAGCAACAACAGGGUCAAGACGGCGGUCCCCUGGGUGGCCUCCCCGGCGUCGGCCAGGCCGGCGAUCUCGUCCAGAACACAGCAGGUAACGCCCUGAACGGAGUAACGGGCAGUGCCGGCAAAGCUGUGGGCGGGAUCCUCGGUGGAGGCGGCGGCGGGGAAGAGAAGGAAGGCAAGGAUGAGCAGUUGCGGUUGAGACUCGAUCUGAAUCUGGAUAUUGAGGUGCAGUUGAAGGCCAAGAUUCAUGGUGAUCUUACGCUUGGGUUGUUGAACUGA